AUCUCUCACUCAUCAGGAAGGGAUUGUUUUUGAGUUUUCUGGUGAUUUAUUGCCGGCCAUGGCCGCUGCGGCGGCUGAGGAGGCGGCGAACUCCAUGUUUGCUCGUCCCAAGUGCUCGACGACAACGAGCCCCAAUUUAUAUGUGGCCAAUUGCGGGCCGACCGUGGGAUUGUCCUUGGAAACCAUCUCCUCGGUCUUCAGCGCAUUUGGUCGAGUAACAGGAGUGCAUGCCGCCGAUGACACCGGUGCUCGUGUUAUUGUUUGCUUCUCUGAUACCACUGCCGCCCAAGCUGCCUAUCAAGCCCUCAAUGGAAACCCUUGCCCUCAACUCCGCGGUCGAACUCUUCGCAUGCGUUUCUCCCUCCCUAAGCUGCCCGCUAAGGUUCAGGAUAAUGAUUCACUUUCAGUAUUUUUGUUGGCAUCAGAGCUAGCUAUUCCAGGAAUAUACCUGGUACAUGAUUUCAUCACUCCUGAGGAAGAAGAGGUACUUCUUGCAGCUGUGGAUGCAAGCCCAUGGAAAAGUCUAGCAAAGAGAAGAGUACAACAUUAUGGUUAUGAAUUUUUAUAUGAGACCAGGAAUGUUGAUGCAAGGCAAUACUUGGGCAAUCUUCCAUCCUUUGUUUCUUUUGUAUUGGACAAAAUUUCAUCAUUUCCUGAACCUGCCAACAAUAAAUGUAGACUAAUGGAUCAACUAACCACCUCAUCUCCGGUUUACCUUUUUUUGGUCAAUGAAUAUCCUUCUGGAGUUGGGUUAUCACCACAUAUAGAUACUCACUCAGCAUUUGAUGAAUUGAUUUUUAGCCUUUCCAUUUCUGGGCCAUGUAUAAUGGAAUUCAGGAAAUAUCCACAAGGCACGUGGUAUCCUCCUGGUGACACUGUUGCUGAUAUGGAAGGGGUUAAUUUUAUCAGAAAGGCUAUUUUCCUUCCUCCUCGGUCAAUGCUUCUUAUGUCUGGAGAAGGUCGAUAUGCUUGGCACCACUAUAUUCCACAUCAUAAGGUUGAUGUUGUCAAGGGACAGUCUAUCAAAAGAUCUUCAAGAAGGGUUUCAUUCACUUUUCGCAAGGUGAGGAGAGGACCUUGUAGGUGUGAAUUUCAGCAAUGUUGUGAUUCACGGAGAGGAUCAAAUGUUGAAAGGAGCUGCCCACCAUUGGAAACUUCUCAAUGACUCUGAUAUGGCCAUUCUUGUCUUUCAACUAACACCUCAACAAAUCAAUAAGACAGGACAUCCACAGCGUAUGAGUAACUUUGUUUUGUUUUUUCUUCUUUUUACAGUACAACCAUAAAUACAUUUUCAAAGAUGAGUCUAAUAUUUCACGAUCUUUGAGCUUAAAGACUCUUGUUAUAGAUACAGAAUUAUUACAGAUACAGGAAAGAGGAGCUCGGAACCUGCACAAUUUCCUGCUCCUAUUUUCUCCC